AUGCUCCUUGCUCCGGGCGCUUCACUGAGCUCACUCUGUCUCUUUGACAGUCUCAACUCCAUCGACUCUCUAGUCCCUUACCAUCCCAUCUCAUCGCUCUCACUCUCAAACCAUCGAGUCUUCUCAUUAGGCAUAUCGACGCCUGAUAUCUCAUUUAUUCGACGAAAAGAAAGGGGUGUUUUGAAGAAAUUCGAAAACUUCGAAGCUCAGGGCUGUAACCACAUGACGACCAAAUCAGCAGUCCAAGACUUCUCAUCUGACACUUCACGCCGACCCAAUCCUUCUCCAAUCUCUUACAAGCCCGAGACUCCAGCCACUCUACACCCUCCUCAACCACCUGCUAACUCAGACGUUCAUAUCGGACCUGCCCGAAAGCUCACCUUCACUAAUGCCCGUAAGACUCUCGUUGGUGAUGUUGGCUCCAUUCGCAGGGUUUUUGAUUUUCUUGAGGUUUGGGGUUUGAUCAAUUACUCCUCCGUGCUCAACGAGCCCCUUAGGUGGGAGGACAAGGACAGCAAGGCUGCCUCUCCGGUCGCUGAAUCCCCCACAGGUUGUCCUGAGGACUCUUCCACUCCCAACAAGGAGAGCCCCAAGAAGAGAGUGUGCCAUGGUUGCAAGUCUCUUUGUAGCAUUGCCUGCUUUGUUUCUGAAAAGUAUGACAUGACUCUCUGUGCAAGGUGCUAUGUUCGCGGGAAUUAUCAGAUUGGUGUAACUUCUUCAGAUUUCAGGAGGGUUGAGAUCAAUGAAGAGAUGAGGAGUGAUUGGGCAUAUAAAGAUACUUUGAAUCUUCUAGAAGCUCUCAUGCAUUAUGGUGACGAUUGGAGGAAGGUUGCACAACAUGUCGGUCAAAGUGAGAAGGAAUGCAUCACUCAUUUCAUUAAAAUUCCUUUCGGUGAAGAAUUUAUUGCUGAUUUCGAUUCUGGGGAUUUCAACUACAAGAAUAGUAGUCCUUUGAAAGACUCUGUGGAUUCCAAAUUUGGAAUGGAGAGUAAUGGUACACCAUCCCCAAGUAAAAGAAUGCGUCUCACACCUCUUGCAGAUGCAAGCAACCCAAUAAUGGCUCAGGCAGCCUUCCUGUCAGCUUUGGAUGGCGUAGAGGUUGCAAAAGCUGCUGCUUGGGCGGCCGUAACAACCCUUUGUGAGGCGGAUUAUGAAACAAGUAGACUGAGUCUAGGAUCUCAGGCUUGGAAUGCAAGACAGCAUGAAGUGAAUGCUGAAUCCAAUGGGGACACCAACCUAGAUGAACUGGGAGGUGCCUUUGUAGAUGCAAAUUCACAGCUUGAAAAGGAAGGGAUGGAUGUGGAGAGAGCAAUUUCUGGGAUUACAGAGGUGCAGAUGAAAGAGAUUCAAGAGAAGAUUGUUCGUUUUGAGGAGUUAGAUUUACAGAUGGAGAAAGAACGGCAAAAACUGGAGCAAAUGAAAAACAUGCUCUUUGUUGAUAAGCUAACACUUUCAUUUCAUAAAACUUGUGCACAAAAAACUGAAGGAAUGGAGAAGAAUAUACAAACAGAUUGA